AUGGCGUGGUACGUGCGAAUGGUGGUGGUGAUGAUAACCUUCUUCGGUGCCAGUUGCGGCGUGCUGGUGGUGGGUCCGAAAUUUGUACGCUCCAACCAAGAGUUCACCGUGGUAAUCAGCAACUUCGAACAGGCAACUAGCAAGGUAGAUCUAAUGCUGCGGCUCGAAGGCCAGACCGGAAACGGAAUUGGCGGUUUUACCAUCCCGAAGAUAGUUGAUGUGCGCCGCAAGAUGAAUCGAUUCGUUACCUUCAAUAUUCCAGCCAUCUCAUCUGGUACAAACAUUAAGCUGACGAUCGAUGGUAUUCAUGGGUUGAGCCUUCACCUGGAAGAGAGCCUUGUGUUUCUCAAUAAGUCCCUAUCUGGUCUGAUACAGAUCGAUAAGCCCGUGUACAAACCGGGCGAUACGGUAAAAUUUCGUGUGAUUGUGUUGGACACUGAGCUGAAGCCUCCUGCACGGGUAAAAGCAAUCAGCGUUACAAUCCGUGAUCCGAACGAUAUUGUGAUGCGCAAAUGGUCCUCAGUGGUACUGUUCGCCGGUGUGUUCGAGAAUGAUCUACAACUCGCGCCAUCAGCAAUGUUUGGAAUGUGGAGCAUCUUGGCAGAGGUGGACGGAGAAGAACUCGCAUCAAAAAUGUUCGAGGUGAAGGAGUACGUGUUGUCCUCGUUUGACGUGGACGUGAUACCGUCCACCAUUCCACUGAUGGAGCAUGGGAGCCUGCAUCUUACGAUAACGGCUAAUUAUCACUUCGGCAAACCAGUGAAAGGGCUGGCAAAGGUGGAGUUGUAUUUGGAGGAUGACAGGUUGGAUCAAAAGAAAGAGCUCGAAAUGUUCGGGAUGGGACAGGUGGAGCUCCGUUUCAAUGAAGAGCUGGACCCGAACCAGGAGCAUCAUCAGAACGUAUUUGUGAAAACGACCUUCGUCGAGAAGUAUACUGUGUCCAAAGGUACCAUCCAGGAUGCGGGCAUCAUUCACCCGCACAGGAAGAAAAAGGAGCACUUGAAAAUUGUUGCAACGGAGAAAAUGAUACCGAAGGCGAAAAUUUUGGUUGCCACCGUGUCGAAUAACACUGUUAUUUGGGAUUCGUUGGAUUUAGAUUUGAAGCAGUUGGGCAACAAUCUGCAACUAUUUACAGACGAAACCGAGGUAAAACCUGGCAGCGAGAUCAACCUUCAGCUGAAAGGACGGCCCGGAGCGUACGUUGCGCUUGCUGCAUACGACAAGGGUCUGCUGCAGUUCUCCAGCAAGCACGAUCUGUUCUGGGAGGAUGUAAUGCAGUUGUUUGACAAUUUCCAUGCCGUGAAUAAGAACGAGUUUAAUGUGUUUCAUAGUAUGGGCCUGUUUGUAAAACUGUCUGGUGAAACUAAACUAGAACCAAUGGGUGCUAAAACAGAACGCUUUGGAAGUCCUUUCGUACCAUUCUCGAAUCUUGUCCAUUACCGGACAAACUUUCUAGAAUCGUGGCUAUGGCAGAAUAUGACCAUCAGAAGAGACGGGAUGCUCAAGUUCAGUGAGGUUGUGCCAGAUACGACCACCUCCUGGUACUUGACGGCAUUCUCCAUUGAUCCGGUGCACGGCUUUGGUAUUAUUAAAAAGCCUAUCCAGUUUACAACGGCUCAACCGUUCUACAUCGUGGAGAAUCUACCGUACUCCAUCAAGCGAGACGAAACGGCCGUGUUGCAGUUUACUUUGUUCAACAAUCUUGGAGCAGAGUACGUCGCGGAGGUGACACUGUACAAUGUGGCCAAUCAGACGGAAUUCAUAGGGCGACCGGUGGAAGAUCUAAGCUACUCCAAAACCGUGAGCGUUCCUUCGAAAGCUGGUGCACCGGUGUCAUUUCUGGUAAAGGCACGAAAGCUCGGAGAGAUGACUGUGCGGGUAAAAGCAACGAUCAUGGCCGGACGGGAAGCGGACGCAGUAGAGAAGGUGAUCCGAGUAAUGCCGGAAAAUAUUAUCGUAAGCAGUUCUGUACCGCGCGUAUUCAACCUGGCCAAAUAUGGCAGUGAAGAGUACAAAAUCUCGUUGGAUAUACUGAAACAAGUAAACUUCAGAACAAUCAAACUGGAAUUCGUUUUAUCGCCGAACCUGCUAACUCCAGUCGUACACAAUCUGGACAACCUGCUCACCGUUCCUACCGCGUCGGGUGCAACCAGUAUGAUCAACUUCAUUCCAAACCUGGUAGUACUCGAAUACCUGCAUGCAGUCGGGUCCGCCGAAACGGUUCUGAUUAACAAAGCUACGGCGUUGUUGAGAAAUGGCUACCAGUUCGAGAUGCAGUACCGUCAGCCAGAUGGUUCAUUCGGUAACUGGCGCAAGUCGACGGGAAGUAUCUUCGUUACCGCUUUGGUGGGACAAUCCAUGCAAACUGCCUCGAAGUAUAUAUUGGAGGUGGAUUUGACCAUGGUCGAUCAGCUGUUCGAUUGGCUUGCAUCGAAACAGCACAGUUCCGGACGGUUCGAAGAGAUAGCUCCGAUUACGUACCACAGUUUGCAGGAUGGAUCGCGCAACGGAAUAGCGCUGACGGCGUUCGUGAUGAUUGCAUUAUUGGAAAAUGCUGCUGCCACGCAAAAACACCAGGACGUCGUACGAAGGGGUAUACAGCACAUCGUGAACCAUUUGCCGAACAUUACCGAUGUAUACGAUCUUUCACUAGCCACGUACGCGCUGAUGUUGAAUGGUCACAGCCAAAAGCGGACGGCAAUCGAUUUGUUAAUAGAAAAGUCACAACCUGUUCAAGGUUCUGACGGUAAGCAGCGAUACUGGCCGCGAGACACGGCUGCGAUUGAGACGGCCGCGUACGGAUUGCUGAGCUUAGUGCACGAUAAACGGUACCUGGACGGAAUCAGUGUGAUGCAAUGGUUGGUAAACCAACGCGAAGCAACCGGUAGCUUCCCUCACACACAGGACACCUUUGUCGGGCUGAAAGCAAUUUCCAUGCUGGCGGCUGCGGUCUCACCCAGCAAGAACGACUACACCGUCUCCGUUCAGCACGGGAGGACACGAAAGGUGUACAAAAUGGCUUCGAUGGAGGUAAACCGCCAGUUUCGGGACGAGCUAACAGGCGAGAGCAAAACGGUGACAGUGGGUGUGCAUGGUCGGGGUUUUGGAUUGUUCGAGAUCAAGUACCGGUACGGCAUUGAUGUGAGAUACGUCAACAAACAGUUCAGCCUGCGUUUAGAGCCGCAUUUUAGCAACGCUAAUCACGUGCUACAGUUGAAAGUGUGUACCAACUUCACACCGGAAUUGACACAUUCGCGCUCCAAUUUGGCACAGGUGGAGGUGAACUUUCCCAGCGGAUACAUCGUCGAUAGAGAUUCCAUGGUGGACAUCACCCGACGGAACCCUGUCAAGAAUGUCGAAUUUCACUACGGUUAUACGUCGAUGGUGGUAUACUACUAUAGUUUAGGACCGGAAGAUAACUGCUUUAUGGUGACUGCAGAAAGAUUGUUCAGGGUAGCAUUUCAACGGCCCGCUUAUGUUCUCGUGCAUGAUAGCUACCAUAAUCCGUUCAGAGCAAUAAAAGCUUACGAGGCCCCGCAAGACAGAUGUGUUGAUUGCCAUUAAGAGCCAUCUGGUAAGCAUCUAUGAUGCACGGAUAAUGAGUGAACCGGGUUAAAUUGCACCCGAAUAAUCGGCGCUUCGCAAAAUCUACUGCAAAAUUUGACAACUGUGGACCCGUUCCCCUCUGAUAAAACAAUUUAACAACCCUGAACGUCAGGGAAGUAGCGGUUAGUUCCUGUAGAGGGCGCUAGCGAUUGAGCUCACGAUCGACAUCGACAAGGGGUUCCGAGGCGAAGGGUUUCUUUUUCUUUCGAAUUCACAAAAGUAAGCGGGUUUAAAAUUGUAACUGGUUUGAGGAAAAAUCCAUGAGUAGUUAAAAUUGUGCCUAAAAUAUCAUCUGAAGUUAAUUUCCGAGUCUGUUUUCAGAAGACACUAUAAUCCAUCCUUUUGGGUGAUUUUCUAACGUUCUAAUUUGGUUUAUGGCUAUGUCCUUGUUGUACUAGCAGUUUCGUCGGUUAAGUUAUUAAAUUUAACCAAUGGGACUACAUCCGCAAGUGCUCCUUACAAGCAAAUCAAAUUGGAUGUGUUCAAGCUAAUUAAAAUUGCAACGUCCGAAACAUCCGACAGAUCUUCAAAGUAUCAUUAAAAUCAACUAUUUUAGCUGGUAUGCUGACUUUAAACAAGGUUAUACACGUUCUAGUUGUCGAUGAUCGAUCAUUGUUCCGAGAAU